CUCAUUACUUAAUAUUCUUCUUGCACCUCCAGUGGCCAUUAUCACAGUCCUUGUCCACUUUUAAACGUCAUUAUAAUAGAUUCAGUAUUCGUCUCAAGUGUCAUUUCCACGCUCUCCACCAUCUCUGAACGCACUUGUCUCGGCGACCCUUGCUUCCUUCAAAAGCCAUAAUUAAAAUUUUUGUUCUCCCCAACUCACUUAUCACAGAAAUGAUAAGCACCUUUGACCGUUAUUAUCAAAGCCUCAACUUCCCGACAAUAUAGAUGGUACACGUCUGAAGAGUAGUCUACUUACCUCUACUUUGUCAUAAAAAACAUGCUGACAUAGCCUUGAACAGUUUCUCGUCAGGAAAUACGAUAAAUGUAAAUGAUAUUUUAGCUAAGAACACUGCUUACUUCCUAAUUUAUUUGUGAUCACAGACAUAUUAAUUUUCUUAACCUCAAGCUUCUAAUGCUGAAUUCUAACCUGUUUAUGUAAACAGAACCAAAAUCCCAAGCGUACGUCAGUGUAGAGGUGAGGAUUGAAUGUCAAGGGAAUUGAAUGUAAACUGAUACUGUGCAGUCUAAACACUUCUACUCACGACUUUAUCCAGCAGAUAUCUCUCAGCUUCUCCCUGUACUGAACACUAAAUAUUGUCAUGAACGGAUUGACCGCGUUUUUAGGCAGCGUUCCAGGAUAUUUGAAUGACUGGUGUGUCACCAUAUUUUUAAUAUGUGUAUCUUUUGUGCUUACGUUCACCCCAGCUUGGAUACGGUGGUACAACAUGAGAAAAACGAUCAACAAGAUACCAGGGAUGGACUUCCGUAACCCGUUCAUGGGUAACACUUCACUGGUCAUACAACUUAAGGAAGCGAGGACGAUAGAUAACAUCAACUUGUUACUAUUCCAAGUAACCUGUGGGUUCGCUCAUCUAUUUCAUGAGGAAAGGAUAUAUCGGUUCUGGAAUGGAAUUCGACCUUCUGUAGCGUUUUUCAAACCAGAAACUAUAGAGGUGAUUCUCAGAAGUUCCACAGUAUUAGAAAAAUCAACCGAAUAUUCCUUUUUACAUCCAUGGCUGGGAUCAGGGUUGUUGACAAGUUUCGGAAGUAAAUGGAGAAAAAGACGGAAGUUGUUAACUCCCGCUUUUCACUUCCGAAUUCUUGAAGACUUCAUUCCAGUAUUCAACGAACAGAGUCAAAUCUUAGUGGAAAAGUUGAGGCAAGCUCAAAGCGAGAAAUGGGUGGACAUAAUUAAAUAUGUUACUCUUUGUACAUUGGACAUAAUUUGUGAAAGUGCAAUGGGGAUAAGGAUGUGCACCCAAGAAAAUACAGAAUCGCCGUAUCUGAAAUCUUUGUACGAGGUUGGUGAAAUGUUCGUGUGUCGUAUGAUACGACCGUGGCUUUGGCCUACGAUAUUAUUUUCAAUAUCUUCUUACGGACGCCGUUUUAAUAAAAGCUUAGCAGAGCUACACAAUUUUACCAGAACGGUCAUUCUUAAUCGCAAAGCCCAGAUACUGAUGAGUCGAGCUUCUGGUAAAGAACAGGAUGGCACUAUCGAGAAUAAAUUGAAGAGGCGCCAGGCUUUGUUAGACCUAAUGAUUACCCAUCAUCUCAGUGACCCCAGCUUAACGUUAGAAGACAUUCGUGAAGAAGUGGACACUUUCAUGUUUGAGGGGCAUGACACGACUGCUAUGGGAAUUAGCUGGACACUUUAUCUCAUUGGUUUGGACUCGUUUGUUCAGAAAAAAAUACAAGACGAACUGGACUCAAUAUUUGGAAAUGAUACCGAAAGGUCUAUUACCAUAGAGGACAUAAAAAAUAUGAAGUACAUGGAUUGUGCAUUAAAAGAGGGUCUUCGAAUUUUCCCCUCAGUUCCUUUUAUCGGAAGAACACUACGAGAGGAUAUUAUCGUCAAUGGCUACUGUUUACCUCAAGGCACUACUUGUUUUUUGAAUAUUUAUAUGCUGCACAGAAACCCAGAAGUAUUUCCAAACCCAGAAAUAUACGAUCCGGAUCGUUUUCUACCUGAGCAUGUAACAGGGCGUCAUCCCUACGCUUAUCUUCCUUUCUCUGCUGGCCCUAGAAACUGCAUUGGUCAAAAGUUUGCAAUGAUGGAAGAGAAAGUUGUAAUAGCAAAUAUUCUUCGCAACUUCAAGGUGACUUCCUUAGACCCUCGAGAUAAGAUAAAAAUGGAUGCAGAAUUAGUACUUAGGCCUAAACAAGGAUUACGGUUGAGAAUAGAACCUCGGGUACGAGAGUAAACCAAGAAGGAAUAAAAUAAAAUAAUUGUUGUUCAAUCAUAGCUUUUGUAUAUGAUAAGUCGAUUGUUUUUUUUUGUUGUUGUUGUUAAAACAAUGUUUACCUGCUAAAAGUAAAAUUAGCUUACUUUUUAAAAAUAAACGUAACACAACGAAAAUCUCCAGAAUGUAUCUAACUCGGUAUUUCGCGUUACGGGUGAAGUGGUAACGCGAAAUACCGAGUUAGAUACAAUUAACAUUCAAGAGAUAGACGUUGUGUUGAAUUUAUUUUAUAAACUUUAUAUGAUAAUAUACUGUAAUUAGUGUUAAAAAAUUUAUAUGAUAA